AAGCAGCAGCGCGGGCAGCACGGCAGGCUCAAGCGGAGGACCUAGAGAAAGUGGAUAUCGAGCAUGUGGAGAAAGUGCUGCCACAGCUGAUUUCAAGUCCUCAUCUUUCCCCCCAUUCUGACUCCUACGGACAUGCAGGACUCUUAAAGCUGCUGGCCUAG